AUGAUGCAGCAGUCUCAAGAGAAUAGUAUGGUCAACAGUAUCAAAAGCCGAGAAAAAGUCAAGAGCAAGAAGAAGAAAGGAAGUAGAUCUGGAGAACAGGUUGUAGACGACAUAGAAUUAAUAAUUUUAGUUAGUUCUAAAAGAUUUAUUGGAGUAAAUACAGAAAAAGAUUCAGUAGUUUGGAACAAUUAUGAUGCAGCUCGUUGGAGAGCAGUAAGGGAUAGUGCUCACGAAAAAGUUUUCUCUCUCCUUUCUGAUCCUGUCCCUGAGCCAGCCAAGAAAGCACGCUUUAAUCCUUUUGCUUACCUGCGGGAUGGCUGUAGCUCAUCAACCACUGAAGUGUCAACUGCUGAGCCCUCAAGUUAUGAAGAAUUGGCUAGAUACAAAGCCGUGAAUUUCCCUGCCAACCACACCUCUUUGCUAGCCUACCCCUACUGGCAAUACAAUUGCAAAGAUUUUAUAUUUCUCUCAAAGGUUGCUAGACGAGUGUGUCUGCCAGUUCAGUACAAUUUGAAAGAGAUUUCAGUUCAGUUGGUCGCACAGUCACAGAUGCUCGAUCAAGUCUGUAUGCAUGAAAAGUUGAGGAACUGGAAUUAA